AUGAGCUGGCUGGCUUUGAAAGAGAAGCAACUUAAUGAACGAUCGAAUGAGCUCUCUUCAAAAGAGAAGCAACUUAAUGAACGACUGAUCAAUUUAAAGAACCUGGCUUUGAAAGAGAAGCAACUUAACAAACGAUCGAAUGAGCUCUCUUCAAAAGAGAAGCAACUUAAUGAACGACUGAAUGAGCUUUCUUCAAAAGAGAAGCAAUAUGGAGACCAAGUGAAGGAGCUCAAGUCAAAAGAGAGACAAUUCGAAGAACAAGUGAAGGAGCUUGAAUCAAAAGAAAAGCGAACUGAAGGACGAGAAGAUGGGCUUAAGUUAAAAGAGAAGCAACUUGAAGGGCUAGAGCUGGAGCUCAAGUCAAGGGAGAAGCAAUUUCAAGGUGAAGUGAAGGAGCUUGAAUCAAAACGGAAGCAUUUUGAAGGCCAAGUAAAGGAGCUUGAAUCAAGAGAGAAGCAAUUUGAAGGGCGAGUAAAGGUGCACGAGUCAAAAGAGAUUAAGUUUGAAGUGCGAGUGAAGAAGUUCGAGUCAAAAGAGAAACAGUUUGGAGUUCAAGAAAAGGAGCUUGAAUCAAAACAAAAGCAUUUUGAAGGCCAAGUAGAGGAGCUCAAGUCAAGAGAGAAGCAACUACAUGGUCAAGUGAAGGAGCUUGAAUCAAAACUGAAGCAUUUUGAAGACCAAGUAAAGGAGUUCAAGUCAAAAGAGAAGCAGUUUCAAGGUCAAGUGAAGGAGCUUGAAUCAAAACGAAAGCAUGUUGAAGGUCAAGUAAAGGAGCUGGAGUCAAAAGAGAAGCAGUUUCAAGGUCAACUGCAAGAGCUUGAAUCUAUACAGAAGCAUAUUGAAGGCCAAGUAAAGGAGCUCGAGUCAAAAGUGAAGCAAUUUCAAGGUCAAGUGAACGAGCUUGAAUCAAUACAGAAGCAUUUUGAAGGCCAAGUAAAGGAGUUUGAUUCAAAAGAGAAGCAAUUUCAAGGUCAAGUGAAGGAGCUUGAAUCAAAACAGAAGCAUUUUGAAGGCCAAGUAAAGGAGCUUGAGUCAAAAGAGAAGCAGUUUCAAGGCCAAGUAAAGGAGUUUGACUCAAAAGAGAAGCAGUUUCAAGGUCAAGUGAAGGAAUUUGAAUCAAAACAAAAGCAUUUUGAAGGCCAAGUAAAGGAACUUGAGUCAAAAGAGAAGCUGUUUGUAGGCCAAAUGAAGGAUCUUGAGUCCAAAAAGAAUCAAUUUGAAGGGAGCUCGAGUCAAGAGAGACAGUUUGAAGGACAACUAAGGGAACUUGAUUUAAAAGAGAAGCAAUAUGAAUCAUUUGAAGAGGAAAAAGUGUUGAUCAAGAAGUCCAAUAUCCUCCUUCAUCAAGUAGAGACUGAGCAGCUGUAUUUUAAAGAUGCUGACAGUGUAAGCAACAGCAAGGAUUUACAAUUGCUUUUUAAUCUUCUGAAAAAAUAUGAGUUGCUGUGUAGUCAAGUCUCUGAUGUUCUUCACACAUCAGCUGACCCUGCUAAGUUGGUGCUAGAUACAAUAAAAGGUUUUCAUUCUCCUCAAUUGAGGCAAGAACUUAUUGAAUAUGAUGCAAAUAUUUUAAGGAGAAUAUGCAGUAGUUUUUUGAUGGAUGAAUUAAAGAAGUCUUCACCAGUAACUAGUUUGCAUGUGAAACAAGAAGCUAUGAAAUUGGCAAGUGACUGGAAGGUGAAUAUAGCUGCAGGUGAUAAGGAUUGUUUGGGGGUCCUAGAUUUUUUGAAGUUUGUUGCUACUUAUGAGAUUGGUUCAUCUUUCAAUGAAAAUGAACUUCAGAAUCUUCUAGACAUAAUUGCCCACCAUUGUCAGACUCCACAAGCCCUUGGUUGUAUUGAAAAACUACAAGAUAAUCAAAUAAGUCCGACCAUUGAUGGAAGAGAUUUGCAGUUGCUCUCUGAUGAGCAAACAAAUGAGUCUGAGUUGAUUGACAACGAAAUUUCUGUUCAUCUCCAAACAUCAUUAGAUCCAGCAAAACUCGUUUUGGAUAUAAUACAGAACCCUAUUGUUCCACAGAAUAGGGAGGGAAACGAAGGUGUAAUGAUUGACGGGAGUCACAUCUUUCUUUUAGAACAGCUGAUGAGAAUGUCACCACGUAUUGAACCUCAUGUAAGAGAAGAGGCAAUGAAGCUAGCACUUGAUUUGAAAGCUAACAUGAGAGCUAAUACUGAAAAUUCUUUGGUGGUUUUGGGUUUUCUACUGCUCUUGUCUGUUUAUGGAUUAGUUUCUUAUUUUAAUGAAGAUGAAGUUUUAAAGCUUUUUGAAUUUGCUGCACAACACAAGCAAGCUGUUUCGCUGUUUCGGACCCUUGGUUUUGUGGAUAAAAUCUCUGAUUUUGUUCAGAAUCUUGUCCAGAACCAGCAGCAUAUUGAAGCUGUUAGAUUCAUUUGUGCAUAUAAGUUGGCUUACAAGAUCCAACCAGUUGAUCUAUUGCGACAACAUAUGCUGAAAGCUAAACUGAUUUCCAAGAGAAUUUGCCGUAAAAAAAAGUCCAUUGAAAAAAAGGUUAUGGGCAGAGAUAAAGAAAUUGCUAGUCUGGAAACUAUUCUACAGUGUAUUUCAGAUAACAAUCUAGAAUCUCAAGACCUAGUUAAUGAGAUUCAAGAUCGCAUUCUUGUGCUAGAACAGAUAAAGGAAAAUAUUGUUCUUUCUGCAUCAGAGCCUUCCUCCAAAGUUGCAAUUACUUGGCCUGCUAAUGAAGCAGUCACCAAGAAUCAAGUUAAAAAAGUGGAACAACCUGGAGAAAAGAAACCUGCUAAUGAAGCAGUCACCAAGAAUCAAGUUAAAGUGCAACAACCUGGACGAAAGAGACCUGCUAAUGAAGCACUCUCCAAGAAUCAAGUGCAACAAGAUGGAAAUAAGAAACCUGCUAAUGUAGCAGUCACCAAUAAUCAAGUUAAAGUGCAACAACCUAAAGAAAAGAAACAUGCUAAUGAAGCAGUCACUAAGAAUCAAGUGCAGCAACCUGGAGAAAAGAAACCUGCAAGUGAAGCAGUUACCACGAAUCAAGUUCGAGUGCAACAACCUCAAAAAAAGAAACGUGCUAUUGAAGCAGCCCCCAAUGAUCAUCAAGUACAACAGUGGGGUAACAACAGCAAACGUCCUCGGACUGCUGUGCCUUCCGUCUUCCCUCCUCAACACAAUCCAGUAUUUAUGCCUGGCAAUGAAAGAGGUAUAAUACCUAGACCUAGUGGAAUACCUGCACAAUUUAGGCCACCCCCGAACUAUGGUUUUCCCAAUCCUAUAGGUGCAGAAUGGCGUGGAAAUACUGGAACAAACUACUUUGGUAACUCCCGGCCUUAUCCUCCUUUUAGAUGACCCACGUGAAUACAAUAAAGGGUUAAUUCUUUGUAGUUUUAAAUUACAUAAUUUUGUGUCAUUUUUAAUAAAAUUAUCGUUGUUUUUUGGUAUUUAAUUUAAUAAUGUAUAU